UUCUAUUUACCCCGUGUUAUUGGAGUACCCAGUAUACCCUGCACACGCAUCAUGGCACCGUCACGCCAUUUGCACACUCUCGUCCGCCGCGCGCUCAACCACAAGCACCACCUCACUCGCCACACUGGCGCUCCCUCCGCGGGCGCGUUCCCGCCGCUGUGCCGCGGAUUCGCCUCCGCCGCCGCCGGCGGAGGGGGCGGAGGGGGCGGAGCCCCGCGCGCGGUGACAGAGAGCGAGCUGUUAGGCGCGAACCGCGUGGUGGAAGCGUCGCUGACGCUGGUGCGAGAGAGGGCGCGGCUUAAGGCGGAGAAGGUGCGAGCGGCAGGGGGGGCAGAAGCCACAGCGUGCCUACUGGGGGUGCCUCUGGGCCACAACUCCAGCUUCCUGCAGGGACCUGCCUUCGCCCCCCCUCGCAUUCGAGAGGCCAUCUGGUGCGGCUCCACCAACUCUGCCACAGAGGAAGGCAAGGACCUGAAUGACAUUCGAGUGCUCACAGACGUGGGGGACGUGCCCGUGCAGGAGAUGCGAGACUGUGGGCUGGACGACAGCCGCCUCAUGCGCACUGUUUCUGACUCUGUCCGCCUGGUCCUUGCUGAGUCCCCCCUAGCGCCCCUGGUCCUGGGGGGAGACCACUCCAUCUCAUUCCCAGUCGUGCGAGCGGUGUCAGAGCACCUGGGCGGGCCAGUGGACAUCCUCCACUUUGACGCGCACCCGGACAUCUACCACGCCUUUGAGGGCAACCCCUUCUCCCACGCCUCCCCUUUCGCACGUAUCAUGGAGUCUGGGGUCUGCCGCAGACUGCUGCAGGUUGGCAUUCGAUCAAUCAAUAACGAAGGUCGGGAGCAGGGCAAGCGGUUUGGCGUGGAGCAAUACGAGAUGAGGCACUUCCACCGCAAUAGGGAGAUGCUGGAGAACUUGGAGCUAGGCCAGGGGGUGAAGGGCGUGUACGUCUCUAUUGACAUCGAUUGCCUGGACCCCGCCUUUGCUCCCGGUGUGUCACACAUCGAACCGGGCGGCCUCUCCUUCCGCGAUGUCAUGAACAUUCUGCAGAACCUCAAAGGCAACGUGGUGGCCGGGGAUGUGGUUGAGUUGAACCCGCAGCGCGACACAGUGGACGGCAUGACAGCAAUGGUUGCAGCCAAGUUCGUUCGCGAGCUAGCAGCCCGCAUCUCCAAGUAGUACAUUAAACUGUAGAUGCACUGCUCCAUUAUGGAAUUCUGACCCUUAAUGGCCAAAGCCUGGCUGCUAGGGAGUUGUGGUACUCUAGAAAAAUCAGUGCAUGAAUAAAGAUGCUGCUUAAUAAUGGAACUGAUGCAGCAGAUGGUACAGUCCGUGGCAUAAUGCGA